AUGUCAUUUGUUAAAGAUUUUAAGCCACAAGCCUUGAAUGACACCAACCUUUUUAAACCAAUCAAGAUUGGUAACAAUGAACUUCUACACCGUGCCGUUAUUCCUCCAUUGACUAGAAUGAGGGCUCAGCACCCAGGCAACGUCCCAAACAAGGACUGGGCCGUUGAAUACUACACCCAACGUGCUCAAAGACCUGGUACCUUGAUCAUCACUGAAGGUACUUUCAUUUCCCCACAAUCUGGUGGUUACGACAACGCUCCAGGUAUCUGGUCUGAGGAACAAAUGAAGGAAUGGACCAAGAUUUUCAAAGCUAUCCAUGAAAAGAAAUCGUUCGCCUGGGUCCAAUUAUGGGUCCUGGGUUGGGCUGCUUUCCCAGACACCCUUGCCAGAGACGGUUUGCGUUACGAUUCCGCUUCCGACAACGUCUACAUGAGUGCUGAACAGGAAGAAAAGGCUAAGAAAGCCAACAACCCACAGCACAGUCUAACAAAGGACGAAAUCAAGCAAUACAUCAAGGAGUACGUCCAGGCCGCAAAGAACUCUAUUGCUGCCGGUGCUGAUGGUGUUGAAAUCCACAGUGCCAACGGCUACCUCUUGAACCAGUUCUUAGACCCUCAUUCCAAUAACAGAACCGACGAGUACGGUGGAUCCAUAGAGAACAGAGCUCGCUUCACCCUAGAGGUCGUUGAUGCUAUCGUCGAAGCCAUUGGUCAAGAAAAAGUUGGUUUGAGAUUAUCCCCAUACGGUGUUUUUAACAGUAUGUCUGGUGGUGCUGAAACCGGCAUUGUUGCUCAGUAUGCCUACGUUUUGGGUGAAUUAGAAAGGAGAGCUAACGCCGGCAAACGUUUGGCUUUCGUCCACCUGGUUGAACCUCGUGUCACUAACCCGUUCUUAGCUGAAGGUGAAGGUGCAUACGAUGGAGGUAGCAACCAGUUUGUUUACUCUAUCUGGAAGGGUGCCAUCAUCAGGGCCGGUAACUAUGCUCUGCACCCAGAAGUCGUUAGAGAGGAAGUAAAGGAUCCAAGAACAUUGAUCGGUUAUGGCAGAUUCUUCAUUUCUAACCCAGACUUGGUGGACCGUCUAGAAAAGGGUUUACCAUUGAACAAAUAUGACAGAACAACUUUCUACUCAAUGUCAGCCAAGGGCUACAUUGACUAUCCCACAUACGAAGAAGCUCUCAAGCUCGGCUGGGACAAAAACUGA